GCUUCUCAAAAAAUUCACUUUCUUCUGAAUCAAAACAUUUCAUCCUUUGGAACUUUUGAAUUGCAGUCCCGCAAUCUCCACCUCACUCACAAAAUCACGAACUCCAUAUCCAUCGGACAUCACAAUGACGCGCUGGAACUUCUCAAGCACAGGUGCGGAGGUCGUAGAAGCAUUCAAAGAGCGCGUAGAAGGCAAAACCAUCCUCGUCACAGGCCCAUCCCCAAAUUCAAUCGGAGCAGAAACUGCGGUAACCCUCGCCUCCGGACGGCCUUCAAUCUUGAUUCUCACAGGUCGGUCGAAAGCAAAAUUAGAGCCUUUGAUCACCUCUAUACAUUCCAUAUCGCCUUCCACAGCCGUACAUUUCGUCCCCCUGGAUCUGUCAAAUCAGAAAUCAGUACGAAAAUGCGUUGAAGAAGUGAAAGGGGUAGUAAAAGAAAGAGGAAUCGAUAUCUUGGUUCAUUCAGCUGGUAUCAUGGUUACUCCCUAUGAGAAAAUUCCCGGUUGGGGAAAGGACGGGAAGGGAGAGGUGGAGGGGCAGUUUGCUACGAAUUACCUUGGAUCUUUUCUCCUCGUCAACUUAUUAAUUCCCGAGAUUUUGAAAGGGUAUGAGGGGAAAGGUGGGAGAGUGGUGCUUUUGAGCAGUAGUGCGCAUCGUAUGGGUGGUGUACGGUUUGAGGAUAUCAACUUUAAGGACGGAAAAGAGUAUAACGAGUGGGAAGCAUACGCACAGUCCAAAACAGCUCUGAUUCUCUUCGUUCACUCACUUGCUCGUCUCCUCGGUCCCAAAGGCCUAUACGCUUUUUCACUGCAUCCUGGCUCAAUCAAAUCCAACCUCCAAACCAACAUGUUUGCCACCACCGGACUCCUCGAAGAGGGUCUCGCUCGCGCCACAGCAGCGGAAGAGAAGGAGGGGAGGGAGUAUGAGAGGGAUCCGCUGAAGACGCUGCAGCAGGGAUGUUCGACGAGUUUGGUGGCUGCGCUGGAUCCGGAGAUUGAGGGAAAGAAUGGAAGUUAUCUUGUGGAUGGAGAUAUUGCAAAGUUUGGGCCGCCGGAGUGGGCUGAGAGUGUGGAGAAUCAGGCAAGACUGUGGGGGUUAAGUGAGGAGUUGGUUGGGGAGGGGUUUGUGUGGUAGAGAGGUGAUGAAGCGUGUCUGGACGCGUGAGAAUUCUGUGAUACAGUGGGAGUGCUAAAAUUCAAGAUGUAUUUAAUAUUGUAUUUGAAAACCCGCCCGUCGUGACAAUCGUGCAGACCAUUUUCCGCCUAGCCCUCCAAUAUCUCCACCCCGCUUGGGAGACCAAAUACCUGGGUGUUAUCCUCGUACAUGCAGUCGGACGUUAUGACUGCCUCAUUCGUUACCUCCGUAAGACAAUUAUAUGAACGCCGACUCAGCAAAUUUCCCGAAUAAUAGUAAUCCCACUUCUGGCUCUCGUUCUCCACACACUUCUCCAACACUAUUUUGCCUCCGCUCAACUCGGUCAAGCAAAGCUUCUUAUCCACGAUACUUCUAAUCGUUCCAUCUUCUCUCGUUUGCCAUACCU